AUGAAUUAAUAGAUAUCAUAAGAAUAUUUCAUUCAUAAGUUUGCAUCUAUCUCAUUGAGCGAAAGUAAUAGGCUGUUUACAUAUGAUUAGCUGAUGAUGACAAUUCCAAACAAAGCAGUCCAGCUUUAGACUCUCGAUUAUUGGAGUUUGUGAGUGCUCUUCCUUAACACAUUAAACAAAAAUUAGAAAAUUUCAAACCUCACUCAGACUUUCAGGUUUCAAAAUAAAGUGAUGAAAGUGUGUACUUUGGCACAUUGGAGUCAGGACUCAAACAUGGGAACGGCAUUUAAGUAUGGCCAUAAGUUGGAAAUUUAUUAAUUGGGUAACAAACAAUUAAUAUGUUAUUAUAGGACUUGGUAAAACGAUUUGCUUCAAGGAUUUUGUACAAUGCAUUACAGGAAUGGAGACAUGUAAUAAAUAUCAAAAUAAUGUAGUUUUGAAGCUCAGUUCUAAAAUGGCCGCACAAAUGGUUUUGGUAUGUUUAUAUCGGAAAAAAAAAUAGUUAAGGGUAAAAUAUAUUCUUAUUUUAGGAAUUUGGAUCAAUAAUCAGUUAGAAGGAGAGGCAUAGGAAAUUAAGAGUGAUGGAACAAGAUUUUAUGGAUAAUUUCAUAACGGCAAGAAAAAUGGUAGGGGGAUUUAAGUUUUUCCAGAUGGAUGCAAGUUUUAUAUUUCUUCUAUCUAAUUGUAGGUAUGAAGGAUCAUUCGAAAAUAACUAAUUUUAAGGCGAUGGAACAUUUCAUUGGAGUGAUGGAAGUUAUUAUUAAGGAUAAUUUCAGAAGGGUCUAAUAAUGGGAUUUGGGAAUUACGUAAACAAUAAUGGACUUCUAUUAAUUGGACAGGUAUUGCUGAAUGAUAAUAUGUUGUAUAGUUCUCUGAAGUCAAAAAAACAUAAUCGAAGGAGGUUGGUCUCAAUAAAAAUCUACAGAGCAUUAUGUACAUAAACCAGUACAAUUAAAGUCUUUUAAUUGAAAAGAUACAUCUUCUCUGA